AUGCAGCGCGCCGCCGCCGUCAAGCCCAAAGCACGCCCUCGCUCCCUGGGAGACCCCAGCCAUGGCUCGAACAUCUACGCCUACUGCAACGUCCGCACUCGACAAGUCCUCUACUCCUUGACCCGAUCGCUAGACUCCUACCAAUCCCUCAAGCAGCUCCCCCAACUCGGCCCCAAUACAGUGCCUCCCAAACUCCGAAAAGACCUCUGGAAACCCCUCUAUACCAUCUCCCUUCCCGAACCCGAACACCCGUAUGCCCGGUCGCCCAUACCGAGACAACCCAAUCCGCAAGGUCUGGACGCUUUCGCCAAACUGCGCGAGUACCGACGUUUACACGAACUCUACUGGGAGCCCACCGAAGAGUUGUCGCGCAAGUACUCCAAAGAUGAGAUCAAGGACCUCCAGGACAAGUAUGACAAGCGUGGGGGCAGCAAGAAGGAGAGUGUGUACGAUAUCAUCAAGCGCGAGAAAAAGAAAUUGCGGAGAGGUAUCGUCAUGGAUCAGAAGGCCAACAGUAUUGCCGAUCUUGCGGCUGUGCUGAGUGCACAAGAAAAGCAGGGGGCAGAUAGGUUCGGCACGCAGAUGCAGGAGGCACAGUUGGACAGAUCUCAGGAAAUAGAGAAAAUCAUGCGUCUCUGUCGGCCGGCACGCCUGCACGGAGGAGGGUUGAACAGGGUUGAUCGGGAGAUCGAGCGAGUGAGGGAGACCAUUAAGCAGAUUAAGGAGGACAGGCAGCAAGGCAAGGAAGUGGAGCGUGGUCUGACUCAGACGAAGCAGAAUCAACUAUACAGAUUGCAAAGAAAGAAGCGGGAUAUGGCAUGGGCGCAUGAGACAUACAAAGCGGUGGAAGAACGGAUUGCUUCGAGUCACGCCUUUGUGCGAAAACUGCGUGAAGGGGACGAGCAGUUCGAGCUACCAGCUGACGGGUCGGACGUUGCUUCGGAGGCCGAACAGGUAAUUGCUGCUCUGGAGCGGAAAUGGGAUCUCGCCGACGAGAAGCGUGAGCAAGCAUCGCGGAUUGAACAGGAGAUCCGAUCGGAAGAGGUAGCCGACGAGGGCCAUCAGCCAGGAUCAACGGAAACAUCGCAGUCGGCAGAACAGAACCAGGCUAGGCACGAGGAAGCCCGAUUUCUAUUAGAGGAAGCAGAACGACUGGAGUUGGAUCUAAAGCCGCUGGAGACGGUGGAAGCUAAGGAUCGACCGACAAUCGACAUUGCAGACAAGCGGGCGGGAGUCCUGAACACGUCUUCUGAGGCCCUGCAAAGAGCGCGAAACAUAUAUCGAAGUCUAGAUGCGGAUCUUCGUCGCCUCAAGGGGCGGAUGAAGAGUGAGAACAAGAUUAGAAAGGAGCUGACAGACGCAUUGCACCUGCGGGAAGGAGAAAUACGUCAAACUCUCGAACAACUGACUCGUCCAGUCGCAAAAGCCAGAGCCAGAGCAAGAGAAGAAGCCGAAUCCAGAGCAUCAACAGAAGGCAGCGAAAUCACCGUCUCGGAGACCAAACACGAACAGAUGUUGAGGGACCAAGAGCUCCUCGCGCAACGCGACUCACUUCUGGCGGAGCUUGAACAGGGUCGAAACGACCAUGAGAAGGCGUUGAAAGAAGUUGAGGAAGAGAGGACCACGUCACGGAAGCGGUUGGAGCUAAGAGCAAAGCUUGCUGCUGUGGAGCACGUUCUUGUCACGAGAGGAGUUGGGCCCGAGCCUCAUCCUGUUCUGGAGCGUGUCUUGAAGUCGGACGCCGCCGAGAAUGUGGAGGCGGUUGGAGAAAAGCAAGAAGCCGAUACUAUGACAGCGGAAGCGGGAGCCACCUCUAAUGGAUCCGAAAUCCCUCCCGCUGAUGCGUCCGCCUCCUCCGACAACGCCGUUCCGACCGACCCUGCCAUCUCGCACGAGCCAAUUCAAACGCCCGAGCCACGGCUCGUAGCCUUCCACGAACUUCUUCCCUCGUUCCCUAGGCCGAACAUCGACCCAUCCACACUACCCAAGCACGACAAAAUAAAGCACAAGCUCCGCCGCCUCGCCGCGCCCAUCUUCAAGACUCGCGGCGUCAAAGUCCAGUGGGCCAACAUCCUCGACGCCGAGUUCGCCGAGCAAUGGCCAGAGCACGUCGAGCACGAACCUAUGGGUCUUGUGCGACAUACCGCGAAGCAUCCAGACUACGAUGCCAAGAUGACUGUCCUGGACACUGCGCCGCACAUCGAAGAGCGCGCUAUAGAGCAUGGGAACAUAGAAGCGGAUGAAGUCGAUGAAGUGGACGAGGAGGUUCAGCUAGAGGAUGCGGAGACCCAAGCGGUGAAGCGAAGGCAGGAGAAGAAGGCGGAGAGGCAGAGUGAGCAAGUGGCCAGGAAGGCUGUGUUGGAUAGUCUGGCCCAGCAGAUGGUGGCGAAGUUGCGGGACCCUCAGCUUAAGCCCCUCAAGACUCGGGAGGCGAUCAAGAGGAGCAGAGAGCAGUCAAGACAGCACAGGGCGAAGAGGUUGGAGAGGAUGGUGGGUGGAGGUGCUGGGGAAGGUAGCAGUGCGGAUGUCAACGCGUGA